AUGCUUAAGAACGACAGGAUAUGGAUUACUUCACUAUUAUUGCUAUUGGUUACAUGUUCUUGGUGUGUAGAAUUAACCUUUGAAUUGCCUGACAAUUCUGUCGAGUGUUUCUACGAAGAUCUAACCAAGAAUGGUAAAACAACGCUUGAAUAUCAAGUACUUUCUGGUGGAAAUUACGAUGUCGAUGUGGUUAUAAAAGGUCCAGAUUCCGGUCAGAUAUACUCUGGCCAAAGAAAACAGUAUGACAGCCAUACGUUUUCAGCGGAGUCCGAUGGCGUUUACAGUUUCUGCUUUAGCAACGAGUUUUCAUCAUUUACUCAUAAAGUCAUCUACUUUGAUCUAGUCGUAGGUGAUGAAGCACCUAUUUUGGAUAGACUGAACAAGAAGCAAUCAGCUCUGACACAAUUAGAGAGUUCAUGUGUGAACAUUCAUGAAAAUUUGAACGUUUUGAUCGACGUUCAGACUCAUCACCGUAAUCGAGAAUCUGCUGGAAGGAAUUUAGCUGAAUUAUUAAACGAGCGGGUAUCAUAUUGGUCGGUUGGAGAAUCGGUUAUUAUUGUUAUUAUAGGCAUUGGUCAAGUUUGGCUUUUAAGACGAUUUUUUACUACUAAAAAGUCAACUCUGUAAUACAGCCAAGAUACUAUUUUGCGUAUUAUGUAAACAUUUUUUUUUCCAGUUUCAAUCUUCAAUUAAUAAUAUCAAUAAAUUAAUUAAUUAUAUACUGUAUGUUC